AUGUCCAAAGCUUCUGCAGCAAAUAUUGUCUGUGGAAUACUGGCUUUGCUGGUCUUCGUAAUCAAACUGGUCUUAAACUAUUUGAGCAAUAGUGACAAAGACCUCUUCCCAAGGAGCAAUAAAAACGUUUCAGAUACCUUCUACCUUGAAAUCACUCCUGCAGGCUGGGCUUUCUCGAUUUGGGGUCUGAUUUACACCCUAAACGGUGGCUACAUUAUCUACGCUUUGUCGACGCUAUUCCGCGAUUUUCCAGCCGUAUUUACAAGCAAAUUUUUCCUGGCUUGCGUAGUUAGUGAUGCGUUCAGCAUGGCUUGGCUGUUCACGUUCGCUAAUUUGGAAAUUGGCUGGAGUUGUGGCGCGAUAAUCGCUUAUGCAUUGGGACUCUAUGCAGUUUUUGGUGUAGUGUCCUACAAUUAUGAAUCUCACAAGAAAGAACUGCUGACUCGGUUCAGUAAAGAUGUUUGGGCUAUACGAAUAUUAGCACAAAACGGUAAGUAAUUCAUGUUGUUUACGACGUCAUGUACGAAAUUGCGUGGGUAGUGUGUCGUGGGUAGAAAAUUUAAAUUUCGUUUCGUUGCGUCGUUACCCAGUUACACCUCUGUAUAUGUAUCUACUCUGUGCCCACGACGCACGCUAAAUGGAGAAUCUCCUUAGCACUGAUCUGAAAGCCUAGGCUACAUAUACAUGCAAUCUUUGGCAAACAUUAUGGGGCAUAAGCUGUCAUUUCACACGAUUAUUUAUCUUAUACAAUAUUUUUUAGUAUUAUGAGCAGGUGCUCAUCUGCUCAUACCUUUUUACAAUAACAAUAUGCUAAUUAGGUAAAUUCAUGAAUUAAGCAUGCGUGAUAGGCAUUGGUGCCAAAAAAUGAAAGUUACAGCAGCUAUUUAACAAUCUAUAUUUAUCAAAAAUUUAUGAAAUGAACAAAUUUGUGAAAUUGACAGCCAUUUCAAAAUUGUCUACUUUUUUAUGCACCCUGUAUGUCAUACGGAAAUCAAAAUCAUGUUCAUUUACUUUAGUUCAACUUUAGCUUUGAUUUUCUCGCCUUAGACAACGUUGAUUUUUGUGGCACCGCUAGAUACAGGCCGGCCGGCCCCGCUAUUAUGCACUAGUCAAUUGAAACCCCGGCCUCCCGACCCCCGGGACAGGGCGGAGAAUUAACGGGGGAAUGGCCGUGGAUUAACGCGGUUUUAACGCACCAUUUUCCCCGGGGUACAGGGUAAAUAACAAGUCAAUUUAUAAGCCGGAACAAUAGCCGGGACUUUAACGCGUGGCUGAUAUGAAAGUGGACUGGAACGAGUUUAUGUAUGUAGCUCAGUCAGCAGAGCGUUGGGCUAGUCCAAAGGUCGUAGGUUCGAUUCCCACCGUGGCCAGGCAUAUUUUUCAAGCCUGCCCGGUGUGGAUAUACACUCAGUGUAACAUCACACAAGCGACUGCAAGAUCCUCAAAACGUAGAUUAUUCAGUAUCUUUUGAUGCGGAUCAAAGUUUAAGAUCAAGAAUUGCCUUCACAUGUUGUGAACAUUGUAUACUUCAACGAUUUUCCAUUUCCCAAGUCAUGAAAAUUUGCAAAGUGCCGGGUCCAUAGGGGCGUUAAAUUUAACAGUCAAUAUUCCCCCAGUAGCGGGGAAAUUACCAAACUUUAACAUAGUCAAAAUGUUAAUUUCCCGGCCCUAUCACCAAUUGACUAGUGCAUAACAUGAACAGACUCUAAAGAUCAUCAAUCAUCCCUGUCUCCCUCAAGCACUACCGGUAAACAGCCUUUCGUUUUAUUAAUUUGUAAUUCAUUAUAUAGGCGCCAUGAUGAAUGCCACUUGGGUAUCGAUUGCGUCACUGCUUAACGUCGCCAUGGUGAUGCACUACAAAUGGGACGUCGACCUAUCAGCAUCUUGCAACAUUGUUCUAGCAAUCCUUUUGGUCGAACUUGUAAUUUGGUUCAGUUUGGAAAACUUCAGCAAGCUCCAGAGCCCCCUUAACUACAGUUAUACUGACUGGCCAGUUGUCCUGUGGGCGCUCUCCGCAAGUCUUACCAAAAAUUAUGAUCCUGACCUGACAAGUUCGAAGUUCGCUUUGGCGCUGUUAAUUAUUUCGGAUGUUGCAUUUAUCGUCAGAAUCGUUCUACAGAUCAUAAGAAAUCAUACAUCCUCUUAUACCAACGUGUAA